GAUCAGGAACAGAAUCCACCAAUGAAAAUUGGUGAACAAUGAACUAGGAAAUAGGAAAACAUACUUGUGUUGUUACACAUUCUUUUACAGUCAAACACCAUAUACAUUUCAGUGCCUUUCCAGCCCCCCCCCCUUACCUCCCCUGCCACACACACACUUUCUGUCUUCGAGGAAAUAGGCCCCAAAAUCCAGGUGGCCAGAGAUUGUUAGGUGUAAUUUCCUACCUCUUUUGUUUCGGAGAUUUAAAAAGCAAGUGAACAGAGCCUAUGCAACUAUUGGCUGGUUAAAUCUGAGGAGUGGAGCAUCUUCCUAGGUGAGUGGUUGUAAGGAGGAGGAGGGUGAAGAUUAUUUCCCGUGUCAUUGUUUGCGCAGCGGACCCUCUUCAUUGGACUGCUUGUACUGCCUCCAGAGGAAGUGGGACUGCUCUGAGGUAGAGGUAUAAAGGAGAGGGGAGGGAGAAUUCAUCCCACACAGGCACUCCACGAUGCUUUACUAAAAGAUAAAGUGCAUCUUUUUUGGAGGGUAUUGGAAAGGAGGAGAAACCAGCAGAAGAAAACUCCUAAAGGGUAACCACGAGCAUUUCUGCUUCUUGGGACACUUAACCCAGGCUUCCACCCAGCCCACCAGGAACCAGGUGAGCGGCUCCACACCUCCCCUUAGUCUGCAGAACCUGCUCCUCCAUGAACAUGCCAAGAGCUGAGCGGCUUCGAGCUACCCCGCCACGCAGUCUCCGGGGAUCUGACGGGGAAGAAGGUGAGAUCGAUAUCUUGGGAGAGGAGGGAGAUGAAGACAAGGAGGCCAAGGGGAGCCCGCAGUUUCUAGAGCAGCUGCACCGGCCACAGGGGGCGCGGCGGGGCGCGGGUGCGUUUCCCCAAAAGCGCACCGCGAGCGAAGGCCCGAGCGACCCUUUGGAGUUUGGUACCAAGUUCAGGGUAACUUCCGAGUCUGCGUCGGCCUCUCGGGACGUCCCUCAGCCGGUGAAGCCCCCAUACUCUUACAUCGCGCUCAUCACCAUGGCCAUCCUGCAGAGCCCGCACAAGCGCCUCACGCUCAGCGGCUUCUGCGCCGUCAUCAGCGGCCGCUUCCCCUACUACCGCCGCAAGUUCCCGGCCUGGCAGAACAGCAUCCGCCACAACCUCUCGCUCAACGACUGCUUCGUGAAGAUCCCCCGCGAGCCGGGCCAUCCCGGCAAGGGCAACUAUUGGAGCCUGGACCCUGCCUCCCAAGACAUGUUCGACAACGGCAGUUUCCUUAGGCGCAGGAAGCGCUUCAAGCGCCACCACGCGCCGCCCGGAGCCCAGCUGCAUCACCCCUUCCCCCUGCCCGCCGCGCCCGCCGCCCUGAGCGGCCCCUACCCGAGCCUGCUGCUGGGCCCCCCGGCGCCGCAGCAUCCUAUUCCCAGGACCUAUUCCUCUGCGGCUGCCGGGUGCCACCCUUGCGCGCUGCUGCACCCUCACCCCCUUCGCUAUGUACUGCUCUCCACUCCUGCCUACGCUGACGCGCUGGAGAAAACGCAGCUAGCAGACCUGGCAUCCGCGGCGCCGUCCCGGGGCUGCAGCCCUCUCUGCGCCCCCAGCCUUGGGAGGAGGACAAGGGGCCGGCGUCACCGCCGGGAGGCGGAUGCACCUCCUUCAGCAUUGAGAGUAUCAUGCAAGGGGUCAGGAGGGGAGCAACCCGGGCUGCGCAGAGUAUGCAGCCCACGCCGACGCCGUGGGGCUACUGCCACCUGCUCCAGCACCCGUCGUGCCUGUUGCAUGCCCAGGUCAAUGCCCCCUUGCUUCACGUUUCCGCCGCCGCUGCUGCUCGAACGAUUUUGCAGCAGCAGCAGCAGCAGCAGCAGCAGCAGCAGCAGCAGCAGCAGCAGCAGCAGCAGCAGCAGCAGCAGCAGCAGCAAAACUGUGCCAGCGGCUGCCCUCCCAGUAAGGGCUCUUUGUGGGGCCAGCAGCUGUCUGCAGCUGCGAAGCUGCUAG